AUGGAGGAGAUAUCCUACUUGGGCCAUAUUUAUGACAAGUUUGGUAUGCGUCCCGAUCCUGACCGUGUCCGUUGUAUAAUGGAAUGGCCACUACCUGAGACAGUUCGUGAUGUGAGGCGGUUUAUGGGACUGGUUGGCUAUUACCGUUCUUUUAUUCCACGUUUCACGGCUAUGGCCAAGCCAGUGCAGGAUUUGGUCAGCUUGUGUGCCGACCAACCCGACACUAUUCGCCUACAUUGGAAAGAAGAUCAACAGCGUUCCUUUGAGGCCCUUCGUUCGGCCCUGGCCGGUUUGCCCGCUCUCGGAUACCCUGACUUUGACGCCCCUUUCCAGUUAUGUUGUGAUGCAAGUGACUUUGCUAUUGGCUCUGUCUUGGAGCAAGAACAUCGUCCGCUAGCGUUCUUUUCUCAAGUUCUUACGGGUGCUCAGCUUCGGUGGCACACGUAUGAGAAAGAAGGUUAUGCACUGGUCCGUUCGCUGGAGAAAUUUCGUCACUACUUACUGGAUACUCCGUUCAAGGUCACGGUAUUCUCUGAUCAUCGGCCCUUACAACAGUUGGCUAAGUCGAAGUCCCCACGAGUUGAACGUUGGCUGCUGGCUAUGCAAAACUUCCGCUUUGAAGUCCGUUACAAAGAAGGUGUUAAGAAUAUUAAUGCCGACGCCUUGUCCCGACCACAACUGCAAGUUGAAUCCAAGACCCCUAUUCCUACUAAGUCUUGUCCCGUCCGUUCAAAUCUCGAGGUUGUUCCUCCAGAUUCUGUGGUGGUUGCAGAAGAUCCGGAACU